AUGACUCCUACGACUAAACUGAAGAAAAACUUGGAUGGCGAUACACCUAAGCAAGUGUUCACUAAGAACCACAAGGACCUGGUGAUUGAGGGGGAUAAAUGGAUGAAGGAAUGUGCUACUUCUUGUACAAUUGCAGUCUCUGAUGCAGCAGCUUUAUUCACUUCAUCGACUUCAGUGUUAGUGUUUCUUGGCAUGCUCACAUCACGAUAUUCGGAAAGAGAUUUCCUAAAGUCUCUGCCUAAAAAACUCAUGUUUGGCCUGUUCACCCUUUUCUGCUCAAUUACAGCCAUGAUGAUCACCUUCUGUGCUGCUCUUAUUAUCAUGCUCGAAGGAGAAAUAUCGGUGAUGAUUCCAAUUAUUGCGUUUGCCGGUUUCACCGUGUCAGUUUUUGUAGCUUUACAGUUUCCACUCUUCAUUGACAUUUUGAGUUCCACAUAUGGAUCAAUCUUCGAUCGAAAAAUGAAGCCUUGGCUGUGUGAGUGA